GGCCACUCCGGAGCGUGAGUGUGUCUCUCUGUCAUGCAUUCGUACAAGCAGUGGGCGAGCAGAAUGUUGUUCUUGCCUACUCUGAUCUAAAAUCCCAACACCAACACAACACAACACAACUUCUUCCUCGUUUCUCUCGCCCAAUUUCGCCUUCAUAAAUCCCCCAAAUUCAUCGCUCCCACUUCCUUCCAUUCUCUCCUGGGUUCCAUCCUUCCGCUCGUCUUUGUCCGACCCAUCAUCGCCCACGAUGGCAGCAUCGGCUCUCCCCGGUUCGUUGCUCUCUUCUUCCUCUCCUUCGUCGUCUUCUUCUCUCGCUCCUCGCCGAUCGACUGCAUUGACGCCGGUUCCUCCGGCCUCCGUUCAGCUCCGUCCCGGACUCAACGCCGCCUCGAAGACGAUGGCGGCGGGCCGCCGUUUCGCGGCUCGUUGCUCGCUGGGCGCAGCUCAAGGUCCCAAGGACGACACUCCCAUCGAAUUGAGAUAUGCUGCAUUUCCGACGGUGAUGGAUAUCAACCAGAUUCGCGACAUCUUGCCUCACAGGUUUCCAUUUCUCCUAGUGGAUAGAGUGAUCGAAUACAACCCUGGAGUUUCGGCUGUUGCUAUCAAGAAUGUGACUAUUAACGACAACUUCUUUCCUGGGCAUUUUCCCGAGAGGCCAAUCAUGCCUGGUGUUCUCAUGGUCGAGGCAAUGGCACAGGUUGGUGGCUUGGUUAUGCUACAGCCAGAGGUGGGAGGCUCUCGUGAGAAUUUCUUCUUUGCUGGAAUUGACAAAGUAAGAUUCCGGAAGCCUGUCAUUGCAGGUGACACCCUAGUUAUGAGGAUGACACUUGUCAAGCUACAGAAGCGCUUUGGAAUUGCAAAGAUGGAAGGGAAAGCUUAUGUUGGGGGGGAAGUGGUCUGCGAGGGCGAGUUUUUGAUGGCUACUGGCACUGGCAGUGAAUAAUCAGUCGUUUUUGAGUGAUCUCUUGUCAUGGCUACAUCUUUAAGAUAAUUUAGCCCAUCUCUUGUUCUGAUUUCUGCGAGUAAAACCCAGGAGAGACUCCUUUUGAAGGGAAACUUAUCGAUCAUUGAGAACUUACUUUUCCUCCUUUUUCUUUGGUGCUUUUGCCAGCAGAAAUUUUGUUUUGUCUCUA